AGUGUUUUUUUAAGAAAAGGAAAACGAGUUAGUUACCUGGGAUCUGGAAUUGGUUGAAGCACGAAUAGCUCCAUCUGGCCCCGCGCCAAACCAUUUUGAUUUCGAAGCGGAGAGUUCAUUCUGUUUUCUUCUUCACAAACGAACGCAACAGUUCUAUCGUAUAAUAUUCUCGAGAAAAUCUUCAAUAUCUAUCUUUUUCUCUCACUCUAAUUCAAAAGUUUAGCGACCGCAAAUUAUCUGCUCCUCUACACAUGGCGUCGCCUGGUUUCUUUUCAUUCGGAAGAUUUUGGCCACCGUUUCAGGGACAGGGAGGGAUGAGGCAGCAACUUGAUCCCUCGGCUCACACAAUGAAGUCCCAUGGAUCAGCACUUGCAAGGAAACACGUUCGUGAUUGGCUUAUAUUGCUGCUUCUCAUAGUAAUAGAGAUUGUCCUUUUUGUCAUUCAUCCAUUUAAACGCUUUGUAGGAAGGGACAUGAUGGAGGACAUUAGAUAUCCUAUGAAAGAAAACACGGUUCCUGUAUGGGCUGUUCCUUUAUAUGCGGUUCUGUUGCCGAUGGCCGUGUUCCUUCUCUUCUAUAUGCGCAGGAGAUGUGUUUAUGAUUUGCACCACAGUAUUCUAGGUUUGCUAUUUGCUGUUCUGAUAACUGGGGUCUUCACCGAUGCAAUAAAAAAUGCAGUUGGCAGGCCUCGACCAGACUUCUUUUGGCGUUGUUUCCCCGAUGGGGUAGAGAAUUAUGAUAGAUGGGGAGGUGUGGUAUGUCAUGGCAAUGCUAGCGAUAUAAAAGAAGGACACAAGAGUUUCCCAAGUGGCCAUACAUCAUGGUCCUUUGCAGGUCUAGGUUUUCUCUCUCUGUACCUAUCGGGGAAGAUUAAAGCUUUUGAUCGCAAAGGACACGUGGCAAAAUUAUGCAUUGUGUUUCUUCCUCUACUUGUUGCUUGCCUAGUUGCAAUCUCUCGAGUGGAUGACUAUUGGCACCAUUGGCAAGAUGUUUUUGCCGGAGGCAUUCUAGGGCUAGUUGUGGCAACCUUUUGUUAUAUGCAGUUCUUCCCUCCGCCCUAUAAUGAUGAAGGAUGGGGUCCAUAUGCAUAUUUCCGGGCAAUGGAGGAAUCACGAACCAAUCCAAUCAUUAAUCGGGAAUCACCUGUUGGGCAGGCCAUGGAGGAACGGGUUACGAAUCAAGAACCAAGGAGAAAUGGUGAUACCUUUACCCCUUACUCUUACCAUAGCCCAACCUUGGAAGCCAUGGAAAUGGGACAGAAGUAAUCUUUAUUAUUUAUGGUCUUCUCUUGCACAGAUGAAUCUUCUCCCUAGCUAGUUCUUUAUGUAUACUUGUGAGGUUCUCUACACGUCAACCACUAGAUUUAGCAAAUUGUGCAGCUUCUGCCUUCUGUUUGUUCAUGCAUUAUUAUUGCCAUUGGCACUGCCACUGUAAAAAAUGAAAAAAUGGCGGCUGCUUUCCGCUGAAUAAGAUCAUGCUAAUAGAUGGUACGUUAAUGGGAGGUUUUUUUCUUUCUGUUUAAA